CGCAAGUAAACAGUGUAAAGAAGAUGUUUCGAAUUAUAAGAGCGUGGCACUGCAUAUCUAGCCAAAAUAUAUGUUUACAAAAUGGAUUUAGAUGUAACUCUUCUUUGACGAUGGCCAGAUUACGCUCAAUGUGCUUUGAAAAUAGAAAGAGUGGAUUUGCAAACAAACCGAUUACAUCAUUCUGCAUUGAAAACAAUUCAAAUUUAAUGCAAACUUUGAGCUACGGAAUCAUAUUAACACAACAUCGAAAUUUUCAUCUGAGUCAUAGACUAAACAUUCACCCACUUGUUUGGGUGUUUGGAAAACCCAUAACGAAAUUAUCAGCAUUAAUAUUUGGAAGAAAACUUCGAAAUCAUUGGAAGGAGCUUCAUCAUAAACACAAAAUGAUAAUUGCUGCUACAUUGCUGGGAGUGACAGCUUUAGCGCUUACUUUGUACACAUGGGCUCACACAGAAACCGUCCCCAUCACCGGCAGGAAGCGCUUUAUCUUCAUCACUCAUGAUCAACUGAUCAAAAUUGUACAGAGAGAAGUCGAGGAAGUUUUACAAAUUAAUGAAGAUCGCAUCUUACCCAAUACACAUGAACUAUACAAGGUUGUAAUUAAAGUUGCUGAAAGACUUUGUGUAAAUAACUUAGACAUACAACAAAUGAAAGAUAUCCAAUGGAAAGUAUUCAUUGUAAAUGACAAGACAUUCAAUGCUGUUGUUUAUCCGACGGGGGAGAUUUUUGUAAACACGGGACUCUUCAAUGCAGUGAUAAAUGAGGACCAACUGGCUGCCAUCCUUGGACAUGAAAUGGCUCAUGCCUUAUUGUCUCAUGCAGCAGAACAACUGAGCUAUGGACAGAAGUGGGAUUUCUUUGUAAUUGUAAUCAUGGCUGCUAUUUGGAUGAUAAUCCCCAGUGAUGGAAUCGCUACAAUAACUUCCUGGUUUAUGAACCGUGUUAUCAAGUAUUUUGAUCUGCCAUUCAGCAGGGAACUGGAAAAGGAAGCAGAUAAAGUGGGCCUUCAGCUGGCAGCAAAGGCCUGUUUUGAUGUGAGGGAAGCCAGUGUUGUUUGGUCUCUGAUGCAGGUUAAGGAGACAGUGGAAGGAACAAGCAUCCCAGAAUUCAUGUCAACUCAUCCUUCUAAUGAGACCAGAGUGGAGCUCAUAGACUUCUUGAUACCAAGAAUGACAGAACUUAGGGAGAAGUGUAACUGUCCCAGACUAUCAGCCAAAGACCCAAGGGUAGCCAUGCGGGAGGUGAAACAGUUUGUAGAUGACAAAGUGGUAGCAAAACAGGCAGGACAGAAUUUAUCAAGAGUACACUUAACUCGCCAAAAGAGAGUGAUCAAAGCUCAACCUGCUUAGGGUCAGUGAUCAACUGUUAUUGAUAUAUUUACAUCUUAUUUAAGUAAACAAAUGUAUUUGCCUUAACUGGAUAUUUUGAAAAAACUGUGCUACAAUGAGAAGUAUAUACAUUGUAAUAUUUUUUUGGUGUCUUUACACAAAAUAUACUGAUAUUUUGGAAUUUCAAAUCUCUUUGAGGUAAUUUUUAUGCUUAUAUCAUACAUAUUUAAUUAAUUUCUUGUAAAAAUCAUCUUUUAAAUAAUAUUUAUUGAAUUUUUUAACUUUAGUUGUGUGCCUGAAUUUCUAUUAGUUGAACAUGACGCCCUUCCACACAUAAACAAACUACCCCUCGCAUGCCAAAAAAAAAAAAAAACACCUGUACAGAAUUUACGGGAUGUAUGAAAUUGUUUUUCAUUAUUCUUUUAAAGAUGAUC